AUGACGACGGAUAUGAAGAAAGACACCAAGCCACACUUUACUUCGGAAGGGGUUUCCACUUCGGAGCAUCACGAAACUGUUACUCUCAAACCCGACAUAGAACUACAAGAGAUACCUGCCUACGGUUCCGAUGGCAUCCGAGGCCUCGUCAGCUCGGGGUAUGUCCUUGGAGCAGCUUUCCUAGCAUCCCUUGGAGGCUUCUCAUUUGGAUAUGACCAAGGAGUGAUAUCCAUUAUAAAUGUCAUGGAGCAAUUUCACGCAGUCUAUCCUCAAGCCGAGACCGCCUUCGGCAAAGGGUUAAUGACGGGGAUGCUGUUGCUUGGAGCCUUUGUAGGCUGUCUCUUCAUGCCCUACCUCGCCGAUCGAAUCUCCCGAAAGUGGGCACUGACCGUAGUCGUCGUGAUCUUUGAUAUCGGGGCCAUAAUCCAAACCUGCGCGCAAAACUAUGCUACGCUAGUGGCAGGGAGGGCCAUUGGUGGCAUCGGGGUUGGAACACUCGCAAUGAUAUCUCCACCCAACCUACGAGGAACGCUGUUGGUGUUGGAGUCCAUCUCUAUUGUCUCUGGCGUCGUCAUCUCAUACUGGAUCACGUUCGGUACAAGGUUGAUCGAUAGCGAGGUCUCGUUCCGUCUGCCAUUCGGUCUGCAGAUGGUGUGUGCAACAAUCCUUGGGGCUGGCAUCCAUUUCUUCCCCUACUCGCCUCGGUGGCUUGCCCUCGUCAACCGCCAACAAGAUUGCCUCGCCAGUCUGUCCAAGCUCCGAGGCCUACCAGAGAGCGAUGAACGAGUACAAGCUGAAUUCCAAGGUAUCAUCACUGAGGUCAAAUUUCAAGAGCUUAUCCAGGAGAGAAGGCAUCCUGGUCAGCACGGUGUCAAACGACAGCUACUCGCAUGGCGAGACCUAUUCGGCCGGAAAGGCUGGCGGAGGACAGUAGUUGGUUGCGGAGUCGCCUUCUUCCAGCAAUUCAUAGGGAUCAACGCGUUUAUCUACUACGCGCCUACAUUGUUUCAAUCCAUCGGCCAAUCAGACGAGAUGUCGCUGAUACUGUCGGGCGUCUUCAAUGUUCUACAGCUAGUCACCGUCCUUGUCUGCUUCUUGAUCAUCGAUAAGGUUGGACGCCGGCCGUUGGCAAUCUUCGGUGGCUUUGCCACCGGAGUCGCGUACAUCGUCAUCGCCAUUCUAUCUGGGCUAUAUGGUAAAGACUGGUCCGCGCACACCGCUGCCGGCUGGGCCUGUGUCGCCAUGGCCUUUCUUUUCAUUCUUAUUUUCGGCCUCACAUACUCUCCUCUUGGCUGGGCCCUACCAUCCGAAGUCUUUCCCAACGCGACUCGAUCGAAGGGUGUGGCAUUGUCGACCAGCACCAAUUGGCUCUCCAAUUUCAUUGUAGGCGUUGCCACGCCUCCCAUGAUGGAGAACCUCGGCUAUCGCACCUAUAUCUUCUUCGCCGUCUGGUGUGUCAUGGCGGGUAUCUGGGCACUUAUAUUUGUCCCCGAAACCAGCGGCAAGACCCUAGAGGAGAUUGACGACGUGUUUGGCGAUACAAGCGGACACGAAGAGCAAGAGGUGAUGAGAGCCGCUGCUCUGUUGACCAUGAGGCCGCCGGUCCAGGCCACUGUAUGA